CGCGCGCGGGGGACGGGAGGGGGCUCGAGUAGGGGAUUCCAGGGACGCGCAGCCCCGCCCUCGCCCCCUCCUCGCCUACCCUUCAGAACCCGCGGAGCAGGGGGAGUAUGGAGCAAACGCCGCUGCUCUGGCACCAUGACGCUCGCCCGCUUCGCGGUGGCUCUGAUUUUCGGGGCGCUCCCCGGAGUGGUCAGCUUUGAUCCGGUCCUCAGUUAUCCCCUCCACCACCGCCAUCGCCAUUCGCCCCCUCCGGGUCCCCAGUACCGUUAUCACCUUCCUACCCAGCAGCGUCCACAGAGGACGCCUGUGCCGCGCGUCCCGCGCCCCCCGGCGGCGCUCCGGGCCCCGCGCCUGCACGCCCUCCACGCCCGGCACACGCCCGGGCCGCGCGCCGGGGACUGCCCAGCCGGCGAGCCCUGGGUCAACGUGACGGACUUCGGCGCCUCUUGUCUGCGCUGGGCAGAGGUGCCACCGUUCCUCGAGCGGUCGCCCCCGGCGGGCUGGGCUCAACUGCGAGGGCAGCGCCACAACUUUUGCCGGAGCCCCGACGGCGCGGGCAGACCCUGGUGCUUCUAUGGGAACGCCCACGGCAAGGUGGACUGGGGCUACUGCGACUGCAGACACGGGUCAGUCCGACUUCAUGGUGGCAAAAACGAGUUUGAAGGCACAGUGGAAGUAUAUUCACAUGGAGUUUGGGGCACAGUCUGUAGCAGCCAUUGGGAUGACUCUGAUGCAUCGGUUGUUUGUCACCAGCUGCAGCUGGGAGGUAAAGGAGUAGCAAGACAAACCCCGUUUUCUGGACUGGGCCUUAUUCCCAUUUAUUGGAGCAAUGUCCGUUGCCGAGGAGAUGAAGAAAAUAUACUGCUUUGUGAAAAAGACAUCUGGCAGGGUGGGGCGUGUCCUCAGAAGAUGGCAGCUGCUGUCACGUGUAGCUUUUCCCAUGGCCCUGCGUUCCCCGUCCUACGCCUUGCUGGGGGGAGCAGUGCGCGUGAGGGCCGAGUGGAGCUCUACCAUGCGGGUCAGUGGGGGACUGUCUGUGACGACCAGUGGGAUGAUGCAGAUGCAGAAGUGGUCUGCAGGCAGCUGGGCCUGAGCGGCAUUGCCAAAGCAUGGAAUCAGGCAUAUUUUGGGGAAGGAUCUGGCCCAGUAAUGUUGGAUGAAGUACGCUGCACUGGGAAUGAGCUUUCUAUUGAGCAGUGUCCAAAGAGUUCCUGGGGAGAGCAUAAUUGUGGCCAUAAAGAAGAUGCUGGAGUGUCCUGUACCCCUCUAACAGAUGGGGUCAUCAGACUUGCAGGUGGUAAAGGCAACCAUGAGGGUCGCCUGGAGGUGUAUUACAGGGGACAGUGGGGCACUGUCUGUGACGACGGCUGGACUGAGCUGAGUACAUACGUGGUUUGCCGACAGCUGGGAUUUAAAUAUGGCAAACAAGCCUCUGCAAACCACUUUGAAGAAAGCACAGGGCCCAUAUGGUUGGAUGAUGUCAACUGCUCAGGAAAGGAAACCAGUUUCCUUCAGUGUUCUCGGAGACCCUGGGGAAGGCAUGACUGCAGCCAUCGGGAAGAUGUUGCUAUCUCCUGCUACCCUGGCAGGGAUGGACACAGACUGUCUCUGGGUUUUCCAAUCAGACUGAUGGAUGGAGAAAAUAAAAAAGAAGGACGAGUGGAGGUUUUUAUCCAUGGCCAGUGGGGAACAAUUUGUGAUGAUGGGUGGACUGAUAAGGACGCAACUGUGAUCUGUCGACAGCUUGGCUACAAGGGUCCUGCCAGAGCAAGAACCAUGGCUUAUUUUGGGGAAGGAAAAGGACCCAUCCACAUGGAUAAUGUGAAGUGCACAGGAAAUGAGAGGUCCCUGGCUGACUGUAUCAAACAAGAUAUUGGAAAACACAACUGCCGCCACGGUGAAGAUGCAGGAGUUAUUUGUGAUUAUUUUGGCAAUAAAGCAUCAGGUAACAGUAAUAAAGAGUCUCUCUCAUCUGUUUGUGGUUUGAGAUUACUGCACCGUCGGCAGAAGCGGAUCAUUGGUGGGAAAAAUUCUUUAAGGGGUGGUUGGCCUUGGCAAGUGUCCCUCCGGCUCAAGUCAUCCCAUGGAGAUGGCAGACUCCUUUGCGGGGCCACACUCCUGAGUAGCUGCUGGGUCCUUACAGCAGCACACUGCUUCAAGAGGUUAAUAUCAACUCCUGCUUGGUAUGGUAACAGCACUACGAACUAUGCUGUUCGGGUUGGGGAUUAUCAUACUCUGGUGCCGGAGGAGUUUGAAGAAGAAAUUGGAGUUCAGCAGAUUGUGAUUCACCGGGAGUAUCGGCCAGACAGCAGCGACUACGACAUCGCCCUGGUUAGGUUACAAGGACCAGAAGAACAAUGUGCCAGAUUCAGCAGCCACGUUCUGCCAGCCUGUUUGCCACUCUGGAGGGAGAGGCCACAGAAAACAGCCUCCAAUUGUCACAUAACAGGAUGGGGAGACACAGGACGAGCCUACUCAAGAACUCUACAACAAGCAGCCAUCCCCUUACUUCCCAAGAGGUUUUGUGAAGACCGUUAUAAGGGUCGAUUUACAGGAAGGAUGCUCUGUGCUGGAAACCUCCAUGAACACAAACGUGUGGACAGCUGCCAGGGAGACAGCGGAGGACCACUCAUGUGUGAACGGCCAGGAGAGAGCUGGGUUGUAUAUGGGGUGACCUCCUGGGGAUAUGGCUGUGGAGUCAAGGAUUCCCCUGGUGUUUAUACCAAAGUCUCAGCCUUUGUACCUUGGAUAAAAAGUGUCACCAAACUGUAAUCCUUCAUGGAAACCUCAAGAAAAUAAUAUUUAAAGAAUCUGUUGAAAAAAAAAAAAAAAAAAAAAAAAAGAAUCUGUUGGAAACCUUCCAACAUUAGCAUUUAGCCAGAGAUGCCAACUAAUGGGAGUGGAGAUCCGUAUUUGUGUUUCGUGUUGUGAUAAGAACUGUGUACCCCUUUGCUGCUUGAGAAUGUGUGAUGUGAACAUUUUGGUUACAGAUACCUCAGUGUAGUAAUGAUUAUCCUUAUUUAGCAUUGUCGCCUACCCAAAUUAGUUUAAUGGACACUAAAUUCAUUAUUCUCAUGAGUCUUGUCUCUGCCUAUUUCUCAGCAUUCUCCAGAGACUUUUGUAUAUUGAUUGUGCAGUCAGGCUGUUUUUACAUUUAUUUGGAUUGAGAACUCCUUUAUAACUGAAUCAGUAUGGUAUAUAUUCAUAUAAAGAGCCUACAUUUGACACACAAAGAAAAUACUCUUUACUCAAAAUAAGAGUGGCACUGUUUUCUGUUCAUGUAAUUUUUUAAGCUCAGAUUUUUUUCCUUAGGCUGAUAAAAAAAAUCAGACCACAUCUUUCUGGCCUUUCGUGAGAAAAUUGAAGGCCAAAAAAGAUAAAGGAAUUCUAUUAUAAACAGACUGGAAAGGAAUAUCAUUGUCACAAUACAUUCCUGAAUGAAGCCUUUGUAUCAAGCACUAUGGCAACUAAAGAGAAAAACAUUCUAGCUACCUUGUAUGUUGUUAGCAGAAUUCAGCAUUCCUGGUAACAUAAUAAAGAAUGCCUUCAAAUUGUUUAAUGCACAACCUAAUUCAACCUGGAUUACUUUUGAUCACUUCAAAUUUACAGCUUGGUAAAACAAAAAUGUUUUUUUCCUUAGCAUCACACUGUUUUCCAGACCAUGAUUUAAGAGUGCCACCUAUUGCAACUUUCUGGUAACUAACUUAAACCUGCAGACUAUCCUGAUACAGUCCCAUCUAAUAAAAAGACUAUUAAAAAUGCUUUCCCUGUCAAUAGUAUGGGAAAGUCUAAAAUAACUGUUAUGUUUAAUCCAUAUACCACUUAUGUGCUAGGUGGCUAUGCACCUCAUUGACAAUUUAUAAAAGGUAGGUAAGAUUUUAUAGUAUUUCUAGUUUUCAAAUGGGUUAACAGGCAGAGGCCAAGAUGAGACAGCUGUUGAAAGGCUUUGAAUCCAAACUCCAGAACAGGAAGAGUGCCAAUGCAGACAAGAGCAUCUCCUCCCACCCCUCUAACCCACGGUUCUCCUGUCUAAAGGUAAGUUUUCCCUCUGGCUGUUUCCCAAAGGACUAAGGGGUAGCUGCUUAUUAUGUAUCCUACAGGGCAUUCUUGGUAGCAGCACAAAAUCUUUGCCCAAAUAUAAAAGCUAAGCCCUCAGGAUACUUGAGUAAUCCUUAUCAGAGGUGACAUGACUGCUAUCAUGAGUCCUUCCCAAAAUCCCAGGUAGUAAAAAAAGGUGAAGUGCAAACUAUAGGAUUAAGAAUGCUUAAGUAAUCCUCUUAAAUGGCUAACUCACCAUGGAGGGACUUCACCCCCAUCCCUUUCCCUUCUGUAUCAUAUUGCAUCCCUUUUAUAAAUUCUGAGCUAUGUAAAAAAACUGGUGCUAACCUGAAAGUGCUUUAUAGUUUACUACUUUGCAGAACUGCAAUGCAGUUCAAGUAGAAUAGCAUUAAAACGUUUUCUAAACACUCAUGACUUUGAUAACGGAAAAACUCUGCAUUUACAUAUAGAGAUGACAGCUAUAGAUGGUGCACACAUGCACAAGGGCUUGGGAAAAACCAGAAAAUUUAUCUUCCUGAAAGUUUCUCAUGGGCCAUCCUUGUAAUUGAACUACAGUGCUGAUGCAAACAUUUAUAUUGGCUUUUUAACUAGACCAGAGGCUGGCAAACUUAAAGAACAGAUAGUUAACAGAUGGCCUGCAGUUUGCUCAACCUUGAGGUAGAAUGCUUGGUUCAUAAAAUAUGCCUUUAUUAUAGCUUAAUAUUUUUUCUUGUUAAAUGUUAAGUGUGAGUUUUAAAGAUGCAAGUGUUCAGUGCACAUCUGUGUAAAUAAAGUGCAUAGCUUUUCA